GUUUUGGAAUGCCUGACAUCACAAGGGAGGUGGUUCUUAGCCAGUGGGAGGAUGAAACAACCUUAAGAAGAAAUUAAAGAAAAGAUUGUUCCAUGGCAACACCAGGGUAUCCAAACAGAAAUAAGCCUGAUGGGUGUAACACUUUCCUUACAAGCUAUGAUAUUUGCAGGGACUCAUUCCAGGACUGAAAGGUCACCAAGAGGGAAAAUGAUAGGGAGCUUUUAUAAACUACAGAUGGUUUUUCUCUUUUAAAUACUAGAAUUCAGGUCACCCAAUGAAAGUGAGUGGUGGUAUAUUCUAGGGCUGUGUACAGGUGCCCUGCUAAGAUUCAUGGUUCCAGGUUGUAAAUCCUGAUCCAGAUUAUGAUCCAGAAAAUACAAUUCUUUGGAAAAACCCAUUUACUAGCAUAUCAAGGGCUGCUAGUUCAGAUUGCUUUGAAACGGGAUUAGACAACAGUCCUCUUCUUUCUUUAAGCCACGGCAUCAGAUGUUAGGCUGGGACUUUGCAAAAAAAAAUAAAAAAAAAAUGGCACACUUGGAGAGCCUGGAAGACAGCUUCCCCCUACUUCUUUUCCAGGACCAACACAUGGUCUCCAAAGUCAAUUGGAUUUCUCCAACUGAGACCAGAUCUAGUACUCCAUCUUUUCUGAUGAUCAGGAGGUAGUUAUAUAAUUAAAUGAAUAUACCUUCCAUUAAAGGUGGGGAAGAUGUGGCCCUGUGAUGGAGGGAGUUGACACCCAGGAACAUCUGAAGACCUCAUAGGUCCCACACUAUCUAUUAAAUGGGGAACAUCUUACUGGAGUCCUGUAAGCUAGAUGUCCAGGAGUUAAGGGAGAGGGAUAGGAUGCAAAAUGAGAAUCUGCUAUAUUACCUAAAACAAUUUUUAAAAAUGCCUUGGAAUCCAUAUGGAACAUCUAUUUUGGUUUAAAACUGAGAUUUAGCCAGAAUAAGAAAAAGAAAGACGUUUCAGUUAUAUUGGACUCAACAACAUCUUUUUGUUGGUUUGUCUAAUACUGAGAGUUGCCGCUCUAUACCUAAUGUGCUCAUAGCCUUAUUCUCCAUUUGUUGUUGUCUCAUUCUAGCUUGUUGUUUCACAGACAAGACUGAGAGGAUGGGGAAUCCAGCGCCCGCAAAGCCUGCAGCUCCCGCAAAGCCUGCAGCGCCCGCAAAGCCUGCAGCGCCCGCAAAGCCUGCAGCUCCAGGAGGAGCAGAACAACCAGGAACUGGUGGUCUGUAUACAGCACAGUCAUAUGGGAUGAGGUUUCUCUUAAAGUAGAGGAAUGCAUGGGAAAGGGAAGUUGGUGGGGAGACAGGUAGAAAGUGGAACCAGACAUGUUGUGCCAGGGAAGAGUGUGGAGAGAAGCCUACGCAGCCACUUGGGUGCCAGAGAUCCAGUAAGUCCCAUAAAAACCCCAGGAUUCAGCCCACUCUUGGCUGCUGGCUGUUGUGUUCCUUUACUGUAUGCAGUCCGGAAUGGCUCUACCAUUAGGCAGAAUGAGGCAGUUGACUCAGGUAGCAGGUGCUGGGGUGGGUAGAGAUGUGUAGAUCACACAAGCCACACUGCACCUCCUCAGUUAGCCUGCUGCCCCAUCAGCAGCAUCAAAACAGAGCCCAUGGCCAGCCCAGUAAAGCUUCUGUAUGUGGAAUUAUGUGUACAGAGGGAGUAUCUUGUCCAGGGCGUUGGGUAUAGGAGGUGCAUGGGGCUUCAGCCAUGUAAAUAUGUUGAGGCAAGGAUCUCAGGCCCUGCAAUAUUGAGGGGCUAACAUCCCCAACCAUCACUGGGCACCCUAUGUGUGCCCCCACCCCUGCCUGGGAGACAAGGAGCCAGGAGGGCGUUGGGACAAGCGAGGGGAUCUUCACCUUCUCUCCUCCCAAACUCCAUCCCAGGAGUCGAGAGGGGCCUGGGAGUAGUGAGGGUGAUCUUUGCCUUCACUCCUCCCAGCCUCUGCCUGGUAUCCUGGGAGCCGGAUGGGGCUGGAACAAGCGAGGGCGAAUAUCACUUUCUUUGCUCUGCCUGCUCCUUCCUGUCCAAUGCCACACUUUUACAAAUUUCCACAUUUACAAAAAGAAAACAGCCAAAUACAUUUAUUCAUAAACACCCUUUCCCCCCUUCCAUGGUUCCUUCUAAUUAUUAUCCUCCUGCUACUGCAAAUUCUAAUUACUCCACAUAAGUUACUCCAUUUAAGUAUAACUUACUCCAUGUAAUUCUUUCUCACUUUCUCCCAACUUAAUUAUAUACUGCUGAAUUUACUUUAAUUCUGCUAGCAUUUUUAUUUGCUAUUCAUCAGAAAUUUUCCUCCAGCACUUCCUGUUGGAUACAGAUAAUGGUGGAUGACAGAGACUGCUUGCUCUGAGCAGCCUGAUUUCUGUGAGGAUCAAAGAAUGGGGAUAAGGCAAAGCACCUUCUCAAAAAAAGCCUGAACGAAAAGUUCAGUUUCUGAAGGGUCCAGUGGUGUCAAAAUAUGCUCUCUAGAUUCUCCCAAAGCUCCAUAGGGAGCUGAGAAAGAUCCCAGAUUGAGCUCAAACACAUGGCACAAUCAAAGACCCACAGCAAGCUGCCUCUUGUGCCUCCAUUGAAGCAGCGACAUUUCCAAACAAAGGAAUUCAGACCAAUUCGACAAGGCAAGAAAAAGAAUUUAAGGUAGUGUCAAUAAAACCAUUGGAUCCAGCCUAGGAUGGCAAAGAAGAGGUCCCUCCCCGGAUGCGGUUGUUGAUCUGCAUGUAAAAAAUAUGCAGGGACUGAAUUAAGAAUGAGAAUAAGAAGUACAGGCUAGUGAUUAUUUUUACAAGCAUUGCAGCCGAAGAAUUAUGCUUGGCUUGUGAUUUGUCUAAAGCCCUGGAUGCAGAAUUUUUGUGACUUAAUAAAUAUCUUCCAGGAAGCGGGUCAAAUCACAAAGAUCUUUAAAUGUUGUGGAGGGGAAGAAAGGAAAGUGGGACUUUGUGUUUUCAUUUCUUUUCCAUUUUUUUCUUUUAAAAAUGCAUAUUUUGUAUAUAUUUUUAUUUCCUUUGCCUCCUUUUGAUAACCUAAAGGAGAGGGACACUUUGAGACUGAAUUUAAUCUGAGUUACUUUGUAGAUUGCUGAUUUUUUUUAUCUUGCUCUUUUUUAUUUUUUUGUAAUACAUAACCUAAGAAUUAAUUUUUAUUUUUAUUUGCUCUGCACCUUUUUACAAUUUAUUAUUGGGAUCUGAUGGGGUUAGAUACUAACUGGGGACAAAGGGUGGAAAUAUAGUGAUAUAAUGACACAGUGUGGCCAAAAAAAUAAUUGCAGGGUCUUUUUUAUUUCCUUUUUAAGUAUUUCCCUAUAAUAAAGGAAAGAUACCAUAUAGUGACAUUAUACUAUGGCUAUGCUAACGUCGGCCAGAAACCACCUCCAGGCCCAUCACAACUCCAAGUCAGAGAAAACGUUCAAUUGUAGAAGGGGACAAAAAGUCUGAUUGGACAAGAAUUUCAUUAGAAAUGAGAAAAGAGAUGGGGGAGGGUAUACAGAGACUAGGACAGAAGGCUGAUUUUAAUGUGCAUGCAUUUCAAAACCUAUCAGCAGAAAUUACAGAACUGUCACAUAAAACUUCAGAAUUAGAGAAAACAGUACAGGAUUUAAAGCUGAAUACAUCCAGCUUGGAGGAAUCAUCUAAGAAAGUACAAGGGGAGGUAAGAGAAACAAAGAGGGAGCAAGAAAGAAUGGGGGAGUACACUGAAGCAAUAAAAUUGCUUUAUGAACAGACUCUGGAUGAGAUCACAGUUUUGCAAGUACAUCUAAAAGAUUUGAUUCUUAGUUUGAGAUUUGCCAGAAGAUACGGCGGUGGAAUUAAGUGAAAAAAAUAAUGAAAACUUGCCAAUUUGAUUGAAAUGGAUGAAGAAACUGUUAAAGUGGCAGUGGAUAAAUUUUUUCGUGUAAAAUCAAGAUAUGCUAAAGUAAAAAAAUCUGUCGGGUGAUUGGUGUUUUUUUAUUCAAAGAGAUUUAAAGACAGAGUAGUACAGAGGCACCAUCAGAAAAACUUUCAGAUUGAUGAUGAGAGAAUAAUAAUUUUGAAAGAAAUCCCGAUGAGACUGCUUAUGAAAAGAGCAAAUUACAAAUAAUUGACGGAUGCACCAUGAUACAACAAAAUCACUUUUCCUUGGGAAUACCCUGUGGGAGUCUCCUUUACAUUUAAAGGGAGAAAGCAGAGAUGUAGAGAUCCCGCAGAAACAGAUAAAUUCUGGAGAAAAUAUGGAAAAGAAUUAGCAGGAGAAAGAGCAUUUGGUUUGGAGCCACGACAUGAAGAAGAAUCAACAGAGGGGGAGAAGAGAAAUAAAUAAAUAAGGGACAAAAUGGCAUUGAUAAUCUUAAUGUGGAAUGUAAAUGGACUCAAUAAUAAAACAAAAAGGGCAGGGAUUGAACAUGUGGUAGAAAUAAAUAAAUUUGGAUGUGAUUUGCUUUCAGGAAACGCAUAUUGUGAUGAAACACAGAAUAAUUCUGAUCAAUAAAAGGUUAGGAAAGGACUUUGUGGCCUCUGACCAUACAAAGAAAAGAGGCAUAGUAAUGCAUAUAAAACCAGAAUUAGAUCCAAAACAAUUAUUUAAAGAUGAGUAAGGAAGAAUAUUGAUAAGCCAGAUAACAUCACAAGGAGAGAGAAUAAGAAUGUUAAUAUUUUUUUUUAAAUGAUAUUUAUUGGAAAAAAAUUUUUUUUUUAAAGUUACAAAAGAAAAACAAAGUAGAAAAAGAGAAAAACAAGCCAACCAUACAUAUACAAAUUCAAAAUAAGAGAGGGGAAAAAAACAAAAAUACACCACAAACAUUUAAAAACGUUUAAAAACAAAUCCAUUAUUCUCAACUCCUCAACUAUCAUUACCCUCUUUCCUUGACCUCCUCCUCCUCCCCUUCCUUGUAUCCUGGUUGUUAAUUGUCACAGCAAAUCCUUUCCAUAUUUCAUAAUAUUCUAUCAUUAUAUUACCUUAAACUAUUUUAAUCUUAUCUUACCAUAAAAAACCUUGAAACUUAAAACUUAAAUCUUAUUUUUACCAACUUCUCAUAACCAUAAUAUUCUUGCAUAAUUCUUUAAACAUUUUUACUAAAGCCAAGUAAUUUCAUUCCAACAUUUUUCUAACAUUCAUCAAUUUUGUAAAACAGUCCUAGUAGUGAAAAAGAGAAAUAAAAACAAAUCCAAUCUUCAUCCAGCGUCCCUUCCUCCUGGUCCCGGGUUUUGUCAGUCCUUGUUAUCCCAUCAAUCUGGCACAUUAACCUGGUAUCCUAAUAUCCGAGGCCCUUAAGUCUCUUCCAUGUCCCUUCCGCAGCUCUUCUUCAUAUUUGUAACUGUAUUUUCCCUUGUCUCCUGCUCGUUUCACUCAUGGGAACUCCAGCUUAGCAAUAUUUUUGACCCUUCUCGACAGAUCAGCCCCUUUUCCAUAAUCGACACUAAAUUCCAUGUGGUAUUUAAAAACAUGUUUCAAAAUCCCUCCAAAAUUGAGAGCCCCCACAAUCCCAAACAUCUCAUGGCCCAUUGCCAGACUUGAGUCCAAACAUCCCUGCAUAGGAGGGUCUAUCCAACCCCCCAUUUUCAAGCCAAACCAAACUUUUUCUUUCCAAAUCUGGCUUUUUCCAAGUUCAUUUGUCAAAUCCGAAAGUUCAUAUUCCUGUUGGGCCUGUUCUGUCAGGGCACACUCCUGAUUUAAUUCCUGGGUGGGCUCCACAUAUUUUCCCACUGCCUGUUCAAAAUUUCCCACUGCCUGUUCAAAAUUUCUAAUCGAAUCAGCCAUCAAAUUCGUCUUCUCAUGUAGCUGUUCCAGUAGGGCAUUUGUUUUAUAGAAAGCACACAACAGAGCUUCUGAAUACAUUGUCCUGAAGGUCAGAUGUCUAUUCCCACGAUUGUAAUCUGUAACAGCUGCCAGCUCCCAGGAGUUGGUUACAGUUUCACAGUCUCCCUCUAGGGGGAAAACUUCUAUUUAAUCUUUCUUUUAAAGACAAGUCUAGCAACAGAGUUUCCUUUUUUCAGAUAUUUUGUCAAUAUUUGUUCCUUUAAGGUGCGAAAGGAAACAAUGGAAUCACUAUGUUUCUCUUCUUUUAGCUAUCUGUCAAAAGCGUUUGUCUCUGGUCAAUGAGCUUCAAACAUCAGUCCUGACACCCCGCUCCAGGGUCAGGACGAUGGAAAGUUACUUUACUUUAAACUCACUUCUGCAGGUUUAAACAGUCCAGAAAAGAUCCCCUUCUUCUCCUGCUGCCGAAGGGGGGUUCAACAAUUUUAAAUGAUGAAAGCCAAUCCUUUAAAAGCGAUUUUCUGAGCUCUAGUUUACGUUGUCUUUGCUUUAUUCUGUCUACAAAGAAACGGAAGGCUGACUUCCUGUUUAGACCUUCCCGUGUCAGUACCAAAUUGAAAUAAAUUUUUUAAGUCCAAUUCCUUUCUGGUCGCAAGUCCUUAUUUAAAGUCCAAUUGUUCAAAGUUUAAGUACUCACGGGUGCUUAUUUUAGAAGCCAAAUUGUCCCAGGAAAAAGGCAGCGCUCUCCGGCAACGGCUAUGUGGCUUCGUUCCACGGAAAUAGCAGUUGACUCACAGCACCGCGCCACUUCCCCCUCUUCGCUUCGGAGCCUGUUAGUGGGUUCCUUUGCGGGUUGGGGGGCGCUAAGUGUGCCCGCUGAGUCCCAUGGUCACAGGCUUCAUCCGCCUGUGAUUUUUAAAAGGGUCCCCGCUUCGCCUUAGCGGAAAAGACCCGUUUCGUGCAGAGCUAGUCCCUCCAAUUCAGAGGGAGUCCGCCAUUGCUGAUGGCGCCACCCCGGAAGUGAGAAUAAGAAUGUUAAUAGAGGUAGAUGCACCAAAUGAGAAAAAAGCUGAUUUUUAUAAGAGAUGAGGAAAUCUUAUUUGAAUAUAUGAAUGAAAAGACAAUUUUGAUGGUAGAUAUGAAUGGUGUAGCUUCCCUGGAAUGGGACAGGACUAUAAGAAGAAGCGAUACAAAAGAAGGGAAGCUACCUAAGGCCUUUUUCAGAUGACAGAAAACUUAAGUCUAAUUGAUAUGUGGAGAGAGAAACACCCACUGGACAGACAAUUUACAUUUUACUUGUCUGAGAAUAAUUCAGUGAGUCGAACGGACUCUGUAUGGACUGAUAGAGAUUUGUUACACUAAGGUAAAGAAGGUAGAAAUUUUACCCAGGACAUUAGCAGAUCACAACUCUAUUAUUAUAGAAUUAAGAACAGAGCAAAAUUGCCAUUGAGACUAGAUAAGAAUUUAUUAAAUAAUCAAGAGAUAUUAGAAAAGGGGGGAACAUUAAGAGAUUGUUUUGAAAUCAAUCUAAAUCAGGAGAAAAAUUUGAAAGUGGUAUGGGAUGCAAGUAAAGCAGGGAUGCAUCCCAUGCAACAAAUUUUAGAAGAAAUAAAUAGGAAAGAAAAUGGAAUCAAUAAAUUCCCCUAGAAAAGAAAGGGUGAAACAGGAUAUUAAGAUACUGCAAACACAGUUUUCAAUUAUAAUAAAUCAAGAAAUAGAGUGGAAAAUUAAAUAUUUAAAACAAAAACAAUUGAGCAGUCUAAUAAACCAGGGAAAUUAUUAACAUGGCAAAUAAACAAAAAGGCAAGAGUAAGCCUGUAUAAAUCAAAUUAACAUAGGAGGUAGAGUUGUGGAAAAUCCUAAAGAGAUAGAUCAAUUAAUGAGUUUUUAUACCAAACUAUAUUGUGGAAAAUGCAAAAAUAUCCAGAAGAUAGUAUAAUCCCUAAAAUACCAAUAGAUGAAAUGACAAUUUUGAAUGCACUGGUGACAAUGAUGGAAGUACAGCAAGUAAUUUUACAGGCAAAACCUUUGAAAGCACCAGGAACUGAUGGUCUGUCAGCAAUAUACUAUAAGUAGAUGCAGGAUUAUAUAAUAUAACAAUUAAAUGACAUUAUGAAUAUGAUUUUAAAGACAGGUGAACUGCCAGAAUUGUGGAAGAAUGCUUAUAUAACUCUGAUUUCUUAACAAGAUAGAGACCCUGAGCAACUAAAAAAUUAUUGACCUAUAUCUCUGUUGAAUGAUUAUAAACUUUUUCAAAUGUAUUAGCAAAUAGAUUGAAACUGGGAGUACCCUGAAGGCAUCUCCUUUUUCUUUAAAGGGAAACGUAGAAAGUGCUUGUCGGCAUUAGAUAGGGACAAGUUCUGGAGAAAGUACCGGAAAGACCUUGGAGGAAAAAGGCAAUUGUUGGGAGAAUCAGAGGAAAUUGAACAAACAGUUGAGAGUUAGGAGACAGAUCUAAGAAGGGAAUUUAUUAAAUGUAUACUGAGACCUUGAAUGUGUAUUUUUUUUUUAACCCGUUGACGUAUCAUAAGAAAUAAAGUAUGGAUUAUAAAUUUAUUACUUGGAACGUAAAUGGUUUAAAUGAAAAAUAAAAAAGGAACAAGAUGGAACAUAUUCUGGUUAAGCAAAAAUAUGACCUAAUCUGUCUGCAAGAAACUCAUGUAGCGGAAAAACAUAAAAGAGUAUUAAUAAAUAAGAGAUUGGGACUUGAGUUUAUUGCAUCAAGUAAAGAAAAAAAGAGAGGGGUGGUAAUCUAUGUAAAACCUCAGCUGGAGUCAAAACUGCUUUACAAUGAUGAAAAAGGCCGAACAGUGAUUAUAGAGGUUAAGAUCAAUAAUGAAAAAGUGAUAGUUAUUGGAAUUUAUGCACCAAAUGAAAGAAAAUCCGAAUUCUAUCAAUUCCUGGAAGAAAAAGUCAUAGAAUACUUAGGGGGGGGAAUUAUAUUAUUAGGAGAUUUUAAUGGAGUAGUCAAUCCAAACAUGGACAGAACAAUAAAGAGGAAAGAAAAGAGGCAGAACAAACUCCCAACUACAUUUUUCCAAUUAAUAGAACUCCUGAAUUUGUUCGACAGUUGGAGGUUUAAGAAUCCAGCAGAUAAAGAAUUUACACAUUAAUCAGAGCCACAUAAAUCGGCGGGACGAAUUGACGCGAUCUGGACAAUAAAGGAUUUAUUAAAUAUUACAAAAGCAGGAAUCCAUCCAAGGACAAUUUCAGAUCACAAUGCGGUCUGGGUUAACUUUAAAGGGAAAGAAGAAAAGGUUAAAAGGUGGCAACUUAAUGAGAGUAUGCUAAACGAUGAAAAAAUUGUACAGAAGGCCAAGCAAAUCUUAGAAGAAUAUUUUACGUUUAAUUUAAAUCAAGGAGUAGAUCUAGAGACGGUUUGGGACGCGAGUAAAGCCGUCAUAAGAGGUUUCUUUAUACAACAAAACGCAUUCCAAAGGAAAACAAAGGAGAAGAAGAAAAUGGAGAUCUGGGAGGAAAUUAGAAAAAAGGAAAGGAUCCUUUUCCAAAAACCAGAUGAUGAACUAAUUAAGUAAAGUAUAAAAAUUCUACAGACGCAAUUCUCCAUGAUAAUAAAUGAUGAGAUAGAAUGGAAGAUAAAAUGGUUGAGACAUAGAAAUUUUGAGUUUGCAAAUAAACCUGGCAAACUUCUGGCCUGGCAAUUAAAGAAGAAAAAGGAAGAUAGAAUGCUCAAUAAAAUUAAAAUUGAAGACAAAUGGAUUCAAGAAACGAAGGAAAUUAGUAAAAACUUUGCUAUUUUUUUCGGAAAACUAUAUAAAGAAGGUCCAGAUACUCUAGAAAAAAUAAUUGAUUAUUUCGGCAAAAAUAAAUUACCAAUAAUACCUAAGGAAAAAACUGAAAUCUUGAACUCACCAAUAACAGCUAUGGAGGUGCAACAAGCUAUACAGAGAUCAAAAUUAGGAAAGACACCGGGCCCAGAUGGUCUUCCAGCUAAUUACUAUAAAAAGUUAGAACAAGCAUUAUUUCUUCCCAUGAAAGACCUAAUGAAUAAUAUUCUGACAAAUGGAAAGCUUCCGAAAACCUGGAAGGACAGCUUUAUUACUCUUAUCCAUAAACAGGGAUCAGAUGCCUCAAACAUGGCCAAUUACAGACCCAUUGCACUGCUAAAUAACGAUUACAAGAUAUUCACAGACAUUCUUGCAAAUAGAUUAAAAAUGGUGCUGAACGAGAUAAUUCAUAAAGAUCAAACCGGAUUUCUUCCCGGACGAUUUAUGCAAUCCAAUAUUAGAUGUGUGAUUGAUGUAUUAGAAUAUUUGGAUAUUAAAAUUGAUAAACCAGCAACUAUUAUGUUGGUGGACGCUGAAAAAGCUUUUGAUAACGUGUCCUGGAAGUUUAUGAAAAAAUUAAAGGAAGAAAUCGGACUGGGAGAAAAUAUUUGUAAAGGAAUAAAUGCCAUCUACUCGGAACAAUAUGCAAAAUUGAUCAUCAACGGAAGAAUUACUGAGGAGUGCAAAAUAAACAAGGGAACAAGACAGGGCUGCCCACUGUCACCACUGAUAUUUAUCUUGGUGAUGGAAGUCUUGAACAAUCAGAUAAGAAAGGAUGAGCUUGUUAAAGGCAUCACUCCGGGAAACAAAACAUAUAAAAUUAAAGCUUUUGCGGACGAUUUACUUGUUAUGACUGAAAACCCUAAAGAAAGUCUGAAAAGAGUGCUGGAAUUGAUUAAAGAAUUUGGAGAUGUGGCAGGCUUUAAACUGAAUAUAACAAAAACAAAAAUCCUUGUUAAAAAUGUAACCACAGAAGAAAAGGACGACUUAGAAAAAUAUUGGGCCUGAAAAUCUCUUCAAAAGCGAAAUACUUGGGUAUUUGGAUUACCCCCAAGAACAUAAACUUAUUUCAGGAUAAUUACACCAAAACUUGGUUAGAGAUUAGAAAAAACUUGGUAAUCUGGAGCAAACUAAAAUUAACAUUUCUGGGUAGGAUUUCCAUUAUAAAGAUGAAUGUGCUUCCAAAAUUAAUCUUUUUAUUUCAAAUGAUUCCGAUACUGGGUGAAGCAAGUUGUCUCAAGAAAUGGCAAAGAGAAAUUUCCAAAUUCUUGUGGGAAGGGAAGAAACCUAGGAUUAAACACCUGAUCUUAAUAGACAUAAAAGAGAGAGGAGGCUUUUCCCUACCCGAUCUAAAACUUUACUACGAGGCUGCCUGUUUCACCUGGCUAAAAGAUUGGUGCACGUUGCAGGAUCCGGACCUCCUGGACCUGGAAGGUUUUGACAACCGUUGGGGAUGGCACGCCUACCUAAUAUAUGGAAAAGCGAAAAUUCAUAAAAAUUUUACCAACCAUAUAAUAAGAAAGUCACUCUUUGCUGUAUGGGAAAAAUAUAAAGACCUGAUGGAGCCUAAAGUCCCAUGGUGGACUUCUCCAGUAGAAGCCAUAGCAGUAAAACGGAAAAAUACUCAGGAAAGCUGGCCAACAUAUAAAAUACUUCUAAAAAAUGAGGAUAACCAAAUAAAAUUAAAAAGAGAUAAGAGAACACAUUUCAGACUGGUUCCAAUACCAUCAGUUAUUUGAAAAAUUUAAAUCUGACAAACGAAAGGGGUUCUCAGCAGAAAUUUCCCAAUUCGAAUCUGAUCUUGUAAACUCUAAAAGAAAAACUCUUUCCAAAACUUACCGACUCCUCCUUGACUGGACAGUCAAGGAGGAGGAGGUAACAGUGGCAAUGGUGAGGUGGUCCCAGGAUUUUGGCCAUCCAAUAACCAUAGCCCAAUGGGAAAAUUUAUGGAAGAUCAAUUGGAAAUUCACAAACUGUUACACAAUUAGAGAGAACUUUCAAAAAAAUGCAACAUCGAUGGUAUCUAACACCAUGGAAACUUUCAAAAAUGUAUAAAAAUGUGUCAAGUAAUUGUUGGAGAUGCGGAGACUCAGGAACAUUCUACCAUAUGUGGUGGAUAUGUAGGAAAAUACAGGUAUUCUGGGAGAGUAUACAUGCAGAACUGCAAAAAUGCUAAAGAUUUCUUUCAAUAAAAACCAGAGGCCUACCUCCUGGGAAUAACAGAUUUGGAUAUUUCACAAAAGAGGAAGGGUAUCUUUUAUAUGCGAUGGCGGCAGCAAGAGUUUUGAUCGCAGCAAAAUGGAAGAGUAAUGAAAUCCCCUCUAUACAAGAUUGGAUCCAAAAGCUGACAGAAUAUGCCGAAUUAGAUGGUUUAUCAGAAAAAAUGAAGAAUAAAUCAAAACAGGAAUUUGUUUCUAAAUGGGAGGUUUUCAAAGAAUAUCUGAAAAAUAAAUAUAGUAGUUUAAAUUCUGUUGCAGCAUUCGAGGAACUUCAGUGAUAGUUGCUAGGUAGAUAGAAGAAAUUAGAUUUAUUGAGAAUAAGUUUAAUUAUGAAAAAAAAAAUGUGUAUUGGCAAUACGUAAUAUGAAUUUGAAAUAUGGAAUAGACGGGAAGUUGGGUCUUUAGUGUUAAGACCAAUAGAUGUUUUAUUGUUUGCCAAGAAAAUAAUGUGUCUAUGGUUAUUUUUGUAAUUUGUGUGUAAUUUGGUAUUUGUGUUUUUUGUGUGUGUUUUUUUCUUGUUGUAUAAAAAAAGAAAAAAAGAAACUGGUAUUAAAAAAGGUGAUUAUUAUGACCAGGCUGAAUUUUUGACAAAAAGACAAAUGAAAGAUAAUAUUAGAAAUGUAAUUUGUAUAUUAGAAUAUUUACAAAUGAGAAAUGAAAAACAAUUGGCUUUAAUGUUUCUAGACGCUGAGAAAGCAUUUGAUAAUGUCUCCUGGGAUUUUAUGUUUAAAGUUUUAGAGUAUAUGGGUUGUGGAGACAAUUUUAUAAAAGGAGUUAAGGCAGUAUAUACCGACCAGUCAGCUAAGUUGAUGGUAAAUAGCGUCCUGACUGAGAACUGUAAAAUAACUAAAGGAACAAGACAAGGCUGUCCAUUGUCACCUUUGUUGUUUAUAAUAGUUUUAGAAGUAUUAGCACAAAGAAUAAUAUACAAUCAAGAUAUUAAAGGAAUGAUAUAUCGUUGGUAUCCAACAAGGUUAACGCUUACUGGGAAAUGAUAUACAAUAAAUUGAAAUGGAUGUUCAAAAUAACUUUUGUAAAAAAAAAACCCAGAAACUUUCCUUCCUUCCUUCCUUCCUUUCUUUCUUUCUUUCUUUCUUUCUUUCUUUCUUUCUUUUUAUAUUUUUACUAAAGAUUUCUUGGUUUACAAAAGUAUGUGCAAUGACUCUUAUUUUUCAAGUUACAUUUUCUACAGAUCAGUUUCAUUUAUUGAGACAUUAGUGUUGCAUUAGGAAGAAAAGGGGGUAAAAGGGGGAGGGGAGAAUGGUGACUGGGGUGGGGUGGCAAUGCUUCACCAGAAGCUUUUCUUUUGGGAAUUAUAGGGACAGAGCUACCUAAAUUGUAUGGAAAUUUAUUUAUGUAUGCUACUACAGCAGGAAGAAUGUUACUUGCCCCAAAGUGGAAAGAAGCAGAAGUCCCAGCAAAGGAAAAACGGCUACAAAAACUUACGGAAUAUGCAGAAAUGUUGAAACUUACAGGAAGGAUAAGAAUGGAAAUGGUUUAUUGAAUAUUUACAGAUAAGUUGAAAACAGAUAAAAACAUUAGGAGGAUUAUAAUAAUAAUGUGCAGUUUCAUAAGAGUAUAUAUUUAAAGUAGAUAAUUAAAUGAGUAAGUUAAAUGAAUUGGGAUAUGCGGAAUAUAUUAAAAAAUAAUUUUAAGGAACCACAGAAAGAGGAGAAAGGAAGUCAAACUUUGAAAUGUUAAAAUGAUUGUAAAACUAAUGAAAUCUAUAAACUUGAAAAGUAUAGAUUAAAACUUUUUUAAAAAGAAAAAGAAAGAAAAGUUUCCUCAAGCAGCAAGGCAUCUCGCCUUGCUUCCUCCAUCUCCUUACCUUUCCAAGGAUCCACCCCCUGAACCACUGAAUGUCUCUGGCUAAUGGCUACCACAGUGUAUGAAAAUCAUUUUUUCUGGGGUAGCAAUGAUAUGUUGGCUACCGAUGGCUAAAGCAGAAUUUUCUGUCUUCAAGCAUCUGUUUUUCAGGACUUUGUAACCCUCAUAAAUUCUCCCAUGGGUGAAUACAUUAUCGUAUCUGUGAUUAUCGCCCUUACUGUGUUGACACUGCUGAUUUUCCUCCUAUGUAAGUACAAAAUUGGCGUACAUUGAUACUACUGUCGCGGGCUUUGCUUCAAUUCCAAUAGCAUUUCCAAAAAGAGAUGGCAGGUUCCACCUUCCAUUUACCCAUUUCACCCCUCCUUGAUUUCAGGGGUUGAGUUACAGCUGUCAUUCAUUGAGAGCAAUGACACUGUUUUGUUCUCCCUGAAUAAGUGAGUUCCAGCACUUGGAACAGAAGCACAGGCUAACACAAGUCCCUGGAACACCCUGGGCAAUUCCCUUUCCCAAUUGCAAUUCUCUGCUCCUUUCCCAACUAAUCCUUAUUUGCUGGGGGAGAGCCCCCAUUCCUGAUCCUCACCACCCUGCCCUCUGCUAGGGCUCCAGUCCCCUGAAGGAAAGUGCUUGGGGAAAACAGGCUGCAGAGGAUAAGGCCAUGACCAAAGUGGGCGAGUCCAGAGCUUACCUAAAUAUCUAGAUAUAUGCAGGGCCUUUUUCAGCCGGAAUUCAUCAGGACUCUGUUCUGGCCCCUCUGAGUUGGGCGCCGUUGCCAUUUUAAGAGAACAAGGGAGAAAUUCAUGGUGAGUUCCUGUGCCUGUUUUUCUAGAAAAAUAGCACUAGAUAGAUGAACACAUGACCUACUUGCUUAGCUAAUUCAUUUUUAAAGGGCACUCCAAAGUAAGCAAAUCUUGUGGGGAGGGAAUCAAAUGAUCCAAGAGUUUGCAUAUGGCAGAGUAUGAGGCAGCCUGGCAAAUGCACGUCCGUAGGACAAAGAGGAAAUGUGCAUCUAGAAUGGAGUCAGCAAACUUUUUCAGCAGGGGACCGGUCCACUGUCCCUCAGACCUUGUGGGGGACUGGGCUAUAUUUGGGGGGGGGGGGAUGAACGAAUUCCUAUGCUCCACAAAUAACCCAGAGAUGCAUUUUAAAUAAAAGGACACAUUCUACUCAUGUAAAAACAUGCUGAUUCCCGGACUGUCUGCAGGCCAGAUUUAGAAGGCAAUUGGGCCGGAUCCAGCCCCUGGGCCUUAGUUUGCCUACCCAUGAUCUAGACACCCAAAAAAUUAAAGCUCUCUAAGGAAGGCCAACCAUUUAAUGACAGAAGCAACAGGCCAAAUGUAAACAGGACUUCAGACCACUGUAGGAAUGUUCAGGGAGGCAGGACAGAAUAUAUUGUUUAUUAAUAUCCUUCCUAACUUGAGCUAUCAUGUUCUAUAACUUAGCAGAGUUUUACAUUCCCCUUUUAAACGCACACCAGAUAACUGGUUGCAGGCUUGUUUAAGCUUCUUAAUAUUAGGUUCCUGGUAAGUCCCCUUAUAUCCCUCUUAAAAGAAUAAACAUACCACAAUCUUGUGUAAAGUAUAUAAAAGUGGUUUACUCACACAUUCAGUUCACAGAUGGAUCCCUGAAAACAAAAGUAGUUAAAAAGUACAUACAUCUGGAUCUACCCCAUAUGGUUGAUUAAUCCCAGUGACUGCAGACUGGCAGUUACUGCAGUUCACACGACAUAAGGAAGAUGGAAAAGAGAGAGGGUGCUGCGUGCCCUUUGCUUUUGUUACCUGAACAGGUAAGGUCAUGCCCACCUCUAGUCACAUACAAAAGAAAGUAUGUCCCAGCCCAGGAGGAAAAAGGAAGUUCCAACUGGCUGGAACAAAAAUCCCCCUGCAUGUCCACUCUAGGAAAACAAGGAAUGUUGUACUUAUGUAUCACAACCCACAACCACCAGGGGAGCCACAAUCAAAGGCCGGGAGAAGAAAAUAUUAAUAGAAGUCAUAUUCAUGUUUUUGUUGAUUUGAUGUUUAUUUGCAUUACAAGUCAGCAAUUUAAAUUCAAUAUUAAAAGCAGCUUGAAACCAAGUAUCCCCUCCCCCAGCUCAUCAGUCCAGGUUGCUAGAACACAAUUUCUUCAUUUCUUUUCUACCUACCUCCUCCUUAGAUCAGAAGGAAAUGAAAAAGAGAGAGGAGAUUCAGGAGGCAAUGAAUAUGAUUCGGACCUUUGUUGUUGGGAUUGAUACAAUCCAUGAAGACAAGGAUGGUAAGCAUUUUUUUAUGCACAUCCUCACUUUUGCUAGACCCUAUUUAAUUUAAACAGGCUUCAAUUCCUGUAGUUUGGGAUUCAUAUUGUGUGAGCAAUAAAUAUACUGUAUUCAAUGAAACUCAACACCCAAUAGAGUUUAUCACUGUUUCAUUGCUCAGCAGGAAGAAAAGCAGAUGGUUGUGAUUCUCCCAUCUCCCCACUAGAAAUGCUGUCCUUCCCCAUCAAACUGUAAUUCACAAUGUUUGUGCUACUGUAAGAUUUUAGCACUAGCACAAGGGAACUUUGCCCCCACUCUCCCUGCAUGCCAUCACCAAAGCUGCUCUCCAGGGUGGGGGAAACUUCAGAACAGAUUGGAGGGAAAGGGGCUGAAGAUUGCAUUGCACAAGGAGAAAUUCCUGCACUGACAUAAUGUUCUCCUUAGCUCUAUGCGGAAUGAAACCCAGUAUUCAUCAGAAAAAGAGAUUUGGCGCCUCUGUUUUCUUAGAUUUCACGAAGCAUAAUUGAAAACUACAAAGUAUUCUUUGUAUAUGGGACUCGAGGUGGGAAUUGGUUUUUGACCCUGUGAUUCCCAGCAGAAAAGGAGGACAUAGGAAGGGAACAUUAGAGAUACUUCACGAGCCAGUUUUAAUAUGAGAAUAGGAUAGAAGAAGAGUUUGGAUUUGAUAUCACGCUUUCUCACUACCUGAAGGAGUCUCAAAGCAGCUAACAUUCUCCUUUCCCUUCCUCCCCCACAACAAACACUCUGUGAGGUGAGUGGGGCUGAGAGACUUCAAAGAAGUGUGACUGGUCCAAGGUCACCCAGCAGCUGCAUGUGGAGGAGCGGAGACGCGAACCCGGUUCCCCAGAUUACGAGACUACCGCUCUUAACCACUGCACCACACUGGCUUCAUGGAUUGCAUGGGUCUUUGGUCUGAUCCAGCUGCAGGAUUCUUCUGAGGCCUUUCAUUGGUGAUCUCAGCCACAGAGAAUCAAGUCUGCCCUCAUAUUCAUAAGAACCCAAUCCUUGAGCUCUGCUUCUUGUUUCAGGCUAAAGUGUUUUAAAAUGCUUGAAAAUGGUUUCUUAAUAUUUGCAGAUUGUUAUUUCAGAUACUCUUUUGCCUUGAACAAUUUCAAAUCUUUUAGACUUCCAAAUACUCGCUGUAGCUCAAAACAUAUCAGAGGAAAUGCGGUAUUUUGCCAACAGAAAUGAUGAACUGCAAAAAGAAAUUGGUAAGAUACCCUAUGAUGCUGAAGACUUGUAGUGCAUUGGGAACCUGCCCUUAGUCUGCACCAUCUGAAAGCCCCUCCUCUAGCCGAAAACUCUUAGAGCCAGAGCAGACUGGUGCCCUCCUUUGCAUCCAGCCACCCUAGGGAAACAUCAGAGAUAUUCAGUUCAGCUCUCCUGAACUGUUUAAUUGAUUUAGCCUCUAUGGUUAGGAAAGAAAAGACUUUGCCAUUCUUUGCUAUAACAGAGACAAUCAAAACAGGUCACCUAAAAGACCUGUACCCAGGCCCCAAAGCUAGGUCAGGAUAGGGUCCUCCAUUAAUCUGCACAGGUUUCUAAAGUGGGUUCUCCUUCAUUGGAACCACUUCUUAUAUAGCUAAUGAAUUUUAGGUGGGUUCACACGAGGCAAGAUCCAUUGACAACAAGAACCUUUAUUAAACUAAUGGAACUGGACAACAGGGACAAAGCAACUGCUUUAUGCAUUUCUGAAGUCCUGUGCCACUGCUACUCCCAAUGUGAUUGGAUUUCUAAACUCCCAAGCUGUGAAUCAUAACUUAAAGUUAAAGGGCCAAUGGCAAUAGCCCAGAUCCUCAAAUGUCCUGUGAUUGGAUAUCAUGUCUCGAAUCAAAACAGGGUUCUCAUCAGGUGCAUCAUCCUGUGAGCCAGGCUGAUUGUUCACCUUGUCCCUGUGCUCUGGUGUGGUAGCAGUGGCUGGAGUUGGGGCAUCAGCUAGGUUGCAGUGCAUUUGGUCCACAGGCUGGUAGUGGACCUGAACAUCAAGUGAACAUCCAGCCUUGCAGGAGACUGGCCCAGUCACCCUGGUAAGAGUGGCGGGAAUCCAGGCAGGGCCAUCCCCAUAGUUCCAGAUGUCCUGACCAAUCCAAGCUCCUUGUCCGCAUUCUUGAACCUUACCAAAUGAAACACACCCAACACAAUGGAAACAGACUCUGCUCUGGACACCCUUUGAGAUUAUCCCAUUAAAUUGCCUAUCUUGUUUUCUUUUUCUAUUCUUCCUCCAUAUCUGGCUUGACUCAAAGACCACCUUAUUGGAAACUUGAAUGAUGGUUGGGUUAUAUAUGCAAGGACAUUCUAUUUCUUUUCUCAUGAGCAACACUCAUGGGUGGAUUCCCAAAAAAAGUGUGAGAGGGAAGGCGCCAAGCUCCUUUCUUUCGAAACAUCGGAAGAACAGGUGAGCAUCAAAGCUGAGUAUAGGAAAGGUAGGGGAUCUUCUUGAGCCAAAGGGAUCCUACUAUCACUAAUCAGUUAAGAAGUUCUUGGUAUGCAACCAAGACAGCAACUCCAUCAGUCAAGCCAUGGGUUGGGUGGGACAGGGAGCAGCUGCUACCAUCUGGGACUAACUAAGGUUUCUUGGAGCUGCUGAACUCUAAUAAACUGAAGUUGGCAGUCAGAAAGGAGGCCUUGAAGGAGGAGGAGUAGAUACGUGAGGGGCAUCUGUCCCCUUGAUUGCCUGUAGAGUCUUACUCUGCUAUUUGAGAUGUACUGAGUGCUCAGAAAGAAGGCUUCCCUCACCACCCUCUGGCAUGAGAGUAUCAUGGAGAUGACUCUAGAGGAGCUUACAAGGUAUAAACCCCUCCCAGUGCCUUAGCCCUGGCAGAGGGGAUACUGGGGUGCUACAGGGCAUAGACAUGUAUGAGACCCCAUCAUCAUGCCAUCAAGCAUACCACAACCAGACUGAUUCCAGUGUCUUUGGAACCAACCAACAAACAUGGAUGCAGAAAUUGGAGUAUUUGCCACAUAGGUCACUGUCCUGCUAGAUGUCAUCCAUAUCAGAUCACAAAUUCCAUUGAAGGGAUCAUUAGGAAAUGGAUCAAAAAUAAAACUGCCAAAAUUGUAAUGCAUUGAUACUGCAACCAUACUUGGAAUACAUUGUAUAUUUUUGAUCACUGCUUCCCCAAAAUAUGUGAAUUGGGCCUUCAAUGAUGACAUCUACUCCUUUUGAAAUGUGUUUGUUUUAUUCCUGUUGAAUGUCUGUAAAGGACUAUAGUCUCCGAGAGAAAAUACAAUGUCUAGAAAGAUGUUCUGUUUGUUCCUUCUCUCCACCCCACCUCACCCUAGCAAUUUGUGAAUAAGCAAGUAAAAGACCGUAAACGGUGGUUUUGGAUUGGACUCUUUAAAGACAAGGGAGUGACAUGGACAUGGCUGUCAGGGAUAGUAGCUUCACUCACGUAAGUUUUUGAAGAAACAUUUGUUAAUGGUAUGACUUCCAAAAAGUUGCGGAUUCAGUUUUCAUAAUUAAUUCUUUCCCUCUCCAAAUAUACUUUUGCAUGCACUUUUCUCUACUACCAAAGACCUACAUAUGUACUCCUCCACAUCAUUGCCCAGAUGAGCGGCUGCUGCUUCUCACUAGGCUGCAGAGACAGAAAGGCUUCUCUUCCUGCUUCUCUAACCUAGUGAAUGCGGUGAUUCAGAAGAGGGUGAAGGCAUCCUUUUAAAUGGUUUAUUCUGAUUAGCUCAGCUUCAAAAGGAGUUGCAGGAACCUAAAGCUGAGCAACACUGUCUUUAGGAAAAUAUUUCUACAGUUAUCUGCUAAACAAUCUGAAUAACCAGCAAUCUCUAACUUAAAAUAAUAGCAGAUGAGGUAUGUGUAUGAGAGAGGGUAGUUCAUGUAACUCUCUUGGAUAGAAUCACAGACACAUAGAAAUUUAGAGUUGAAUGACACCCCAAGGGUCAUCUAGUCCAACCUCCUGUCAGCUGGCAGUUUAAGACAGUUCAUGGUUCCCUUUAAGUAUCUAACAACACUUUUCAACCGUGUUGAUGGAUGUACAAGAUCAGAGUAAGAUCUUACUCAUCCACAGCUUGGUAGUAGAACAGCGAGCUGGUCUGGCAUUUAUUACCAAGAAUAGAUUAACAGAGGGUCACUUUCUAUUUGUGCAAGGUCUCCUGGAUCAAAAUCCAAUUCCAUUCAUCUCCAUUGUUGCACCCAAUACCAACCACUUAUCCUUUUGGGCAUAGGUAUUGAGUAAACUUUACAAAUGGGCAGUGGGGUUGUAUAAUACUAGCUGGGAACUUAAACCCUGUAUGCCAGUGGUUCCCAGUUACCCUGUUUUCCCGAAAAUAGGACAGUGUCUUAUAUUAAUUUUUGAUCCCAAAGAUGCUCUAGGUCUUAUUUUCAGGGGCUGUCUUAUUUUUCCAUGAAGAAGAAUACGGUACACAGUUAUUGUCUAAUUGGGAGUCAGCCAGACUCCGUCAAGGCAGAGUGAGCAGCAGGCGGCAGCUUGUCCUGGUGGCGGCACGGGCUCUCUGAUUUAAAGAGACCUCGCACUGCCUGAACAGCUCCAGCUGCACUGCGGCCAAUCAGUGAGCUGCGCAGCUGCACCCGCCACUACGGUCCAGAGGAGUCAAACGCCUUACGGUAGCUUUGGGGGCCUUAUAUUCUGGGGAGGCCUUAUGUCCGGGGGAGGCCUUAUAUAACAGCUGCUCUGUGAGUGUUGGGGAAGGCCGCUCCCUCCUCAGGCUAAUUCCACCAGGCCUAGGGGGCGGGGCCCAGACUCACCUCCGCUACAGUUUGAAGGACAUUGGUGCUGCUGCAGCAAAUGUUGAAAAUGUUUUUAUAUGUUUUAAAGUGUUUUAAAGGCGCUUUUACUUUUUACUUUGUUGUACCACCGUGAACGGUGGUUUUUGUCUGUGUAUUCUUAUUUUGUUCCGUUUUAUUGUGGUUUGGGGUGGGGAUUGGUUUUGUUUGGGUAUAAUUGUUUUUGGUUUGUUUUGUUUUUCUAUUUUGUAAAUGGAGGCCAGUAUGUGGCUUGGGAUUGCUACCGUGGAGGGGCGAGGGAGGUAUGGAGGUGGGGGCAGAUGUUAUAGGUGAAGGGGAUCGAGAUAUGGAUAUGCUCGUACCCCUUCCAAUCUGCGCCCCAUCCCGAGGGACGAGGGUAGGGUGAGCAAGGAUUACUCACCUCCGUCACUGGUGCUGUGCAAUGCCAGGUCUAUAGGCAACAAAACCGCCACUCUGCGAGAUUUCUUUACCUCGCAGGGGGUCGACUUGGCUUGUGUGACGGAGAUCUGGGUGCACGAAGGGGAAACUGUUACCUUACGAGAGAUGGUGCCCCCAGGUUUCUCCGUCCUCCACCAGUCAUGGACUGUGGGCUGGGGGGGGGAGGGGUGGCAUUAUUAAUCCGGGAAGAUUGUUCUUUCAGGGCUCUACCAUCGCCAUCGAUCCCCGGCAUUGAAUGUGUUGGCCUAGUGUGGGGCUCUGAGGUGAGCUUGGCUGUCUGGCUGGUGUACCGGCCACCUAGCGCACCAGCAGCCACCCUGUCAGGCCUGCUGGAGGCGGUGGCCGGCUGGGCCUUGGAGUUACCUAACCUAUUGGUAUUGGGGGACUUCAACAUCCAUGCUGAUGCCACUCCCUCCUCACAGGCUCUGGACCUGGUGUCUUCCAUGGCGACACUAGGGCUCUCCCAGUUUGUUUCGGGCCCCACACAUCAAGCAGGCCACACGCUGGAUUUGAUCUUUGGCACCGGUAUAGAUGUGAUCAUGUCUCCUUCAAUGAAGGUGCCAUGGUCUGAUCACUACGCACUGAAAGCCAGGAUUGACUUUCCACCCCCACCCUGCUUAGGUGGUGAGCCGAUUUGGGCUCACCCGCAGAGGCUGAUGGACCCUGAUAGAUUCCGUCAAGCCUUGCGGGACCUUGCUCCCCCUUUUGACUCAUUGACUGAGCUUGUUGAAUUUUUCUUAACGGUUGCCAUUAAUUUGAUUUUAAUUAAUUUUUAUAAUGAAAUGUUUUUAGAAUGUUGGAUUAUUUGAUUGUUUGAUUAUUUGAUUGCUGUUAGCUGCCCUGAGCCCGGCUUCGGCUGGGGAGGGCGGGAUAUAAAUAAAAUUUAUUAUUUAUUAUUAUUAUUAUAGUUCUUAUUUUGGGGGGAUGUUUUACUUUCGGGGGGAAAUGGUAGCUAAGUACUGCAGACUCCUUGUUUUUCAAAAGCCAAACCAUGGGCCACCCUACCUUUGAACAUUUUGAUAUCUCUGUGGCAGUUUUUCUUAUGUGGAUGGUGCCAUGGAGCCCCUGGGUGGGUGGUCCGUGGACCACCAAUUGGGAGCCACUGUUGUAUGUGAUCUUAGACUUGAUCAAAGGGCAGAUCCAACCCAAACAUCUCAUGGGAGUAAAAAACACCUAUUACACCAUUAUUAAAGGUAAAGGUACCCCUGCCCGUACGGGCCAGUCGUGACCGACUCUGGGGUUGCGCACCCAUCUCACUUAAGAGGCCGGGGGCCAGCGCUGUCCGAAGACACUUCCGGGUCACAUGGCCAGCGUGACAAAGCUGCUCUGGCGAGCCUGCACCAGCACAGCACAUGGAAACGCCGUUUACCUUCCCGCUAUAAAGCGGUACCUAUUUAUCUACUUGCACUUAAGGGUGCUUUCGAACCGCUAGGUGGGCAGGAGCUGGGACCGAACGACGGGAGCUCACCCCGCCGCGGGGAUUCAAACUGCCGACCAUACGAUCGGCAAGUCCUAGGCACUGAGGUUUUACCCACAGCGCCACCCGCGUCCCUAUAUUACACCAUUAUUACUAACAUCAAUUUAAUAGAUUCCUGGAGAGCUAAAAAUAAGGGAGUUACAGAUUUACACUUACCACAGAAUCUUCGUGCUGUGUAGUGGGACUUGAUUCAAUAUACAAUGGACACUGGAGAAUGCAAAGCCUUAGCAGAAGUGACAAUAAGUGUGGGGCUAGGAUGAUACCUUUAUCAACUAUGGAUAAUUGAUUAGAGUAAACUUAGAACCGUCAUGUAAGAUUUUGAUAAGAUCCAUAUGUGGUUAUACAUUUGUGGUUAUAGAUUAUAUUUGUAUUUCAUUUGAGGACAUAGCUAUUUUUGUUUCUGUAUAGUGUCAUUGCUAUCCUCAUUCAUGGGGUGGGUGAUGGAUGUGAGAAGUUUUUAUAUGCUCACAACAAUCACUACUGUGCUAUCUCUCCUACAAGAGAGUAUGGAUCUCUCUUCCAAAAUUCUCUCUCCAACACCCACAACGGUACAGAGCAGAUCUGAGGUUAGAAUUCUAAAAUAUGGGGAGAAAAAUCCACCACAAUUAUGGAUGGAUGUUAAGAGAGAAAAAGCUGGACAUCUUUUUAAUGGUAGAAGGCACAGGGAGCGGGUGAGGAGGUAGACAUCCAAUCUUGAUUGAUCAGUGCUGCUGUUUCUUUUCUUUUUAGGUACUGGAAUGACGGGGAGCCAAGACCAGGGAACUGUGGUGCAUUGACCUAUGAAUGUGGAAGCAAUUGCUGGAUAGCAUCACACUGUGGGAAGCACAUACGGUAUAUUUGUAAGAAGGUGCCUAAUGAUGUUUGGCUCUAAGAAGACACCUUUAAGAUGAAUGAAACUGGAUUGCAUAAUCUCUACACAAAAACAAGAGAUCACCCACCCCACUGUUUUAAUGCACAAUCCACACUCUGCCAUCUAGAUUUUGGCAUCUCUGCCAUCAACCCUCAAAGUCACCUUGAAAACUCCUUCUUCUGCAAGCACAGACGUAGAUGGCUACAAAAAUAAAGAAUGGAAGCGUCCAAUCAUAGCCUUUGUUUAAUGCAUUUACAGUGGUACCUCGG